AUGGUUGAGAAGAUAAAUCUGAAAAGAACCCCUCAUCCCACACCAUAUAGGGUAUCAUGGUUGAACAAGGGUCAACGAGUUCUUGUCAAUGAACAAUCUUGGGUAGAGUUUCAUAAUGAGGGUUAUAAGGAUAAAAUCCUUUGUGAUGUAAUUCCCAUGUAUGCUUUCGAUCUACUUCUAGGUAUCCCUUGGAAAUAUGACCAUAGAGAACAUCAUGAUGGUCAGAAAAACAACUAUACAAUAGAAAAAGAUGGAGAGUCUUUCACCUUGAAUCCCCUACCAAAUGAAGGUGCAGAUAAGAAACUUGGGUCUAGUGUCAUGGUAGUAGGGGAGAAGGAGUUUUUGAGGACCUUGAAGGAAGAGGGAGAUCAAGGGUUUUCUUUGAUUUUCAAGCCAAAAUAUGGAUCUAUUUUGUCUACAAACAAUGGAGAAACCAUACUUAGUGAUGUCCAAACUUUGCUGGAGAAGUAUAAGGGUAUUGUGGUGGAGGAGUUGCCUAGUGCCCUACACCCAAUUAAAGAUACAAAUCACCAUAUGGACCUAAUUCUAGGAGCUACAUUGCCUAAUAAGGAUGCCUACAAGAUGACACCUGCCCAAAAUGAAGAAAUAGCAAAAGAAGUGCAAUAG